UUUUCUAUUUUUAAAGAUCAUUUGGGAUGGUUAACGAUUUUUUUCGGGUAGCAGGCAAGUAGCAGAUAACAUAGUAGGUUUCGGCGUUUGGCAAUGGAAAGGGCCGCGAUUGUUCGUUCUCUAUCGUGCACUUCUAUGGCUUGCGGCAGAUACCUCUUAUCCCGCUCCUGCAGAACUUCUCUUUCUUCAUCCAUCCUCUUCCCCUCAACGCCAAAGCCAAAGCUAUCGUUAUCGCCAUCCCCAACUGUAAGACACUCUUUGCAACGCCGCCGCUGGAGAUUUGCCCCCUCGCCUUACUUGAGCAGCAGGAAGCACUUCUCGUUGCUGUGUCCUAGAGCAGUUGCAUCCCCUUCUAUUCCAUCAUCUCCUUCUUCUUCUCCUUCUCCAGAGUUUCCUCAUGUAAAGGACGAAGUUGCCCUUGAGUUGGGGUUUGAGAAAGUUUCCGAGGAAUUCAUUCCAGAAUGCAAAUCUAAAGCAGUGCUUUUCCGGCACAGGAAGACUGGGGCAGAGGUCAUGUCUGUUUCCAAUCACGAUGAGAAUAAAGUAUUUGGUAUUGUUUUUCGCACUCCUCCGAAAGAUUCUACUGGUAUUCCUCACAUCUUGGAGCAUAGUGUAUUAUGUGGAUCAAGAAAAUAUCCUUUAAAAGAACCAUUUGUUGAAUUAUUGAAAGGAAGCUUGCACACUUUCCUCAAUGCAUUCACAUAUCCUGAUAGGACAUGUUACCCGGUUGCUUCCACAAAUACUAAGGUAACCAACUCUAUGACAUUAUCAGUUUAACUUUACCCUUUCAUUCUUGAAUCUAAUAAUUGGGACUGAGAUGAGCUGC